AUGACUGGUGGACUUCAUAUUGUUAAUCGAUACGAAAAUCUUACGAGUGAAUCAACAUUAAAAAUAGUUGAAUUAAGUAAAAAGUUUGAUUUACAUAUGAAUGGUAUUCUAUACAAUCAAGCUAAAGCAGCUACAUAUUUGUCAAUUGAAGAAUUUGUCAAAAUUAUUGAACAAAUUAAUAAUUCAACAAUUUUAAAACAAUUAUUAAAUGCCUGUCUAGGCAUACAAAAAAUAUCAGAAAUAACACCUGUUAGAUAUCGAUCAAUGAUGUAUAUUAUCGAUGCUCAAAUAUCUAAAUUGGAAAAUAAUAUUUCACAAUCGUUGUCUAAACUGCAUGAAGCACUUCUUUGUUGCCCAAUAGAUGAUGUUAUGACAUCUAUUGUUUACUUUUUAAAAAAAUUUGAAUUUCAUGAAACGAUUAUUCAAACAUUAAUUGACGAUGUAAGAUCAAUAAAAAUACAUUUCGAUCAAACAAGAUCGAUCGAUCUCAUAAAUAGUAUUAUGAUUGAUAAUCAAUUACCUGACAUGACAUUAAGUGGUAAUGGUCUUAAGAGUACACCUCAAUUGAAUAUGAUAAGAAAAUAUGAGCGUGCCAUUAUAAAACAAAUGAAAAAUGAUCAUAUGAAAGCUGCUCUAUCCUAUAUUGACUUGUCAAUGGCAGUCAAAGAUUUGACUUGUAUUAUUUCAAAUUUUCUUUUAGCUGGUCUUCAUUUCUAUGAAUUGAUGAAACAAACUUCUGAACCUUCUAAAAUAUAUGCUUACAGAAACAUUAUCAUUGAACUAACCAUUGAGGCCUUUUAUUUAUCACGACGUUAUCUGCCACUUCAUAUGCAAAUUUACAUGUUUAAAAUAGCGUUCUCAUUAGUCAUCAAAUCAACUCAACUGCUUCAAGUACAAAUGAAAUCUAAACAACAAUCGUCUAAUGAUCAAAGUUCUACCCAUCUAUUGAUAACAAAACAACAUAAAAUAAUUUUAACCGAACUGUUAAAAGAUAUAAUUUUGCUUACGAGAAUGUCGCCACUUUCACAAGUUCCAUUAUCACGUAGUUACGAUUUAUUAUAUAUUGAAGUUGUUGGUCAAGAGUUACUAUCAAUGUUUUUGAUAAAUUCAGCGAAUAGCGAAAGUGGUACAUUAUAUAAAUCGUAUCUUUAUCAGUAUUAUGUAUUUGAAGGUGUAUGGCACCAAUGGAUAAGGAAUGAAACGUUUGAUUCUGCCAGAUUUAAUUGUAUGCAAUCACUACUCAGUAGAGAAAGUUGGACUAUGAUUGAUGUUCAAAAUCUUCUGAAUUGGUCUCGUUUACGACGCACUAUAGAUGGAUGGUUACCUUCAGAAACCUACCCUCUAAAUCUUGAUCGUCAAACUCAAUUUAAGAAAGUAAAUGGUAUUUCAUUCAACAUUAAUACUGGAGAAAUCAAAUUUUUAUUUCAAGUAGUUCAAUCAAAAGACUACGGAUUAUUCGAUGUCGAUGAUAUUCAAGAAGUUUUAAAAAAAGGAAUAACAAGUUCUUUAUUUACAUUAGAUCAGCCUAAUAUUGAGUUUCAGUCACAUCCAUUUCAAGAGAUGCGCUAUGCACCGAAAAGUCUUUCGAAUACAAAUUUUUUAUCAACACUAUUGCAUGCUGACUAUUUGUUAAAAAUGAUUUCAACCGGCGUUGAAAUCUGUUCAGAACCACCGUUUCAAAUGCGUGAUGCUUCUGAUGGCUUCAUGAAACGUUUGCCAGAGUGGUUACAAGAACAAUUGAAACCCAUAGAUCAAAGAAAAGAUUGUGUAAUUAUGAAUAGUGUACAUCGAUUUUGGAUUGAAGCAGGAGAAAUAACUUAUGAACAUGAAUUCGACGAAAAUAAUAAUAUAAUAACAUAUUAUUUAGGUGAUGUACCGAUGUGUGUGAAGAAACAAUUGAUGCAGUAUGAUGAGCAAGGUAAUUUGAUUGAUGAUUUGUCAAAAACAGAUGAAGAUCAUUCACCGGAAGGUGAAUUCGCUCAAGCAUUUACUUGCUAUUAUGAUGAAAUUGGCUCAUAUUUUCCAGAAUUAUUGCGACUCAAAGAAUUAUUAAAACUUGGCGUUUUACUCUUAUUUAUUCGAUCAACAUUUCAUAAUAUUCAAAAAUAUAUUAAUAAUAUUACUAUUGACGUGGAUCCUAUUGAUGAUUACUUGCAAAGACUUCGAAAUCAAAUUAAUUAUCCUCGUGCAACUAGUUAUGAAGUAGAUCAUAUAGUCAAUAGUUUAUUAUCCGAAAAAGAUAUAUCAUACUCUGAUGUUCCAUACAGGCAAAUGAAUGAAUUAAAGACGAAAAUUCGAUCCCAAUUAAUUGAAGUGGAUGAAGAUAAUUUGAGUCAAAUAACUGAAGCUAUUUGUGAAGCAUGUCACUGCUCAUAUAAAAAAUUUAUGGUAAAGGGUUUAAUAUCUAACUGGUUGCAGUAUAAUCAGAAAUUGGAGCUAGUCAGUUGUAUAACUGAUUCAUUAAAGACAUAUAAACAAGAACAAUAUUUAAAAGUAUUAGAAACAAUUGUUUGUAUGGGAGUCAAUCUUGAUAAAGAUACACAAUUUAAUUUGAAUAAUUCGCCAACAAAUUGUUCGUGGGUUCCGGCUGUAUUUUGUUCACAGAAAAAAAAUGGUUUACGAAUUUAUGGAGGUGUGAGUUUGGAAAUCAACUUGAAAGCAGGAACUGUUGAAAAAAACAAUCAACAAACGGUAGAAAUUGACGCUGGGAAUAUGAUGAACAUCACAGGUAAACAACAACAAGGAACAUCUGUUAGUAAUAGAAGUGGUGGAACAUCGAAUAGAAAUGGAAAUCAAGGAGGCAAUAUUGGUGGUAGUGCAAAUGGUCCUUGCGACCCGCCUGAUAAUGGUUCUUCUCGUGAGAGAGAACCAAAAAGAACAGAACCUGCAAAUCUCAACGAACAAAUUGCUUUAAAAGCCGCAAAGGCAGGAGAUCCAACAGCUAAAAUCUUGCCAAUAGAACUGACGGACUCUAAUUACCCUUCUACAAGCGGUUGGGUUAAAAUGCAAUAUUUUCAUGAAGACACUGGCAUUAACAUACACUAUGUCAAAAACACCAAGACUGGUGAAGAAGCAGACUUUAAAUUUAAAAAUAAGCCAAAAGACAAAUAA